GCAAGAUUGUUGUUAUUAUAUUGAUAUAUGAAACUAAAUAAUGUUCUUUCCAAACUCAGAUGCCGUUGAAACUAUAUAAAAUGGACUUAAGUCCGCCAGUCUGCGCUGCGUUAAUGGUAUGCGACUUGCACAACGUUCCGAUUGAAAUGAUUGAUGUAAAUCUUUUAGCUAAAGACCACUUAAAGCCGGAAUAUGUGAAGAAAAAUCCUAUGCACACAAUACCAAUGCUGGAAGAUGAUGACUUAAUCAUACACGACAGUCACGCCAUUCUCACUUAUUUAACAGAGAAAUACGGCAAAGAUGAUUCUUUAUACCCAAAAGAUCUCAAGAAAAGGGCUCUGGUCGACCAAAAAUUAUUUUUCGACACGCUUCUUUUUUUCCGCAUCCGUUCUGUAACGUAUGCGGCACUCUUCGAAGGAGUCAGAAAACCAACAGAAAAACAGAUGAAAGACUUACACGAGGCGUACAGUUUCCUGGAGGCUUUUCUGUCCAACACGAAAUUCGUAGCCGAUGAUAAUAUGACUAUCGCUGAUAUUUCGAUUCUUGCAUCGGUCGCAGCAAUGCGACACAUUGUUCCAAUCGACGCUAGCAAAUAUCCCAAAACUGCAGCCUGGUUUAAGUUCAUGGAAAGUCAAUCGUUUUACAAGAACUCCGGCGAAAAGGGAUCACUUGGACUUGGACAAGUUCUCAAAAAAGCUUUGGAUCUUUGAACUAAAUAAUAUGUGAUAAUGGAAAUAAAAGCCUUUGUAAAAUAUAAA